AUCUCGUGAUUGUGGUGAUGUGAUCCGCGUGACCGUGACAUGGGCAACGUUCUCUAAUUGACACCGACCGCACCCCGAAUGGAUGUCAUCGAAAUAUCCUCCUCUCCAGAGCCCCCAGACUUUCUUGUAUUGAAGCGCAGAGAGAGAAGACCUGUGAGAGGCAGAGGAAAGGGCAGGGCGAGGACUCCUCCCGUGGAUAUCAUCGACAUCACUGAUUCUGACUCGGAUUUCUGGGCAGUUCAGGAGGUUUCUUUGGCAGCAAGUAGUACAGCAGGACCUUCUACGGGCACUAGUGCUGUUGAUCUUACAGAUGAUGAAGACCCAUUUCUUGUGAGAGAUGGCGUCUCUGCCACUGCUCCUGCCGCCGACCCUCUCGCUCAAGUACUCGAAAUUGUCCCCGACGUCGAACCGAAUUAUGCUCAGGAAUUGAUCGCAAAGAACCUGCCUACUUUUGGAGACAAAGUUGUCGAGACAGUUCUGCAUUCCUUGUUCGAGGAUACUAGCUACCCGAAGGCGGAGAAGAAGCGCAAGGCGGCCAGUGGCAGUGGCUCUAGUGGCAGCGUAGCGAAGAAAGCACGGGGGAGUGCCGAAGUGGACUACGCCAGCACCGAUAGACCCUUCACUGGAGGGCCUAACUACGCCGAACUUGCUAUCGAUCAGCUGACACUGGAUUUCCCUAACAUACCUAAACCUUUUCUCCGGAAGCUCCUUAAUGUGAAAGGAGGCUUUUACGCACCAACGUAUCUUCACAUCGUUCGCGAACAGAAGCGCGGAGCAAAACUGGAUUAUAUCCCCAAGAAGAUGCUGACCCGCCCUGCGAAAGGCAAAGGGCGUGCUAUAGUGGACCCAGAAUUUGAGCUUGAGAAGGCGUGGUUGAGUCGGCGAGAUGAGAAGGAGAAGACCGCCGCUAUCGAGGAAGAGGUUCCGGAGGGCGAAGGUAUCGAGUGUGGCUGCUGUUUCUCAGAAUACCCAUUCAAUAAGAUGGUACAGUGUCCAGACGCGCAUCUCUUUUGCUCAGACUGCGUUACUGCGUACGCCUCCACUCAGCUUGGAGCGCACGAUGUCAAUAUUUUAUGUAUGGACCAGUCUGGUUGCAAACACCCCUUUCCAGAGAGCGAGCUGCGAAGACUUUUGUCUCCCAAACUCAUGGAGUUGUACGAGCGAGUCAAACAGCGGAAAGAAAUCGAAGCAGCUGGUCUAGAUGGACUGGAGGAAUGUCCAUUCUGUGAAUAUAAAUGCGUCAUCGAAAACCCAAACGAGAAGCUAUUCCGCUGUGGGAACGAAGACACUUGUGGCGCUAUCACUUGCAGGUCGUGCAAGAAAGCAGACCAUCUCCCAAAGAGUUGCAAAGAGAUGGAAGAGGAUCGGCAUUUGGAUGGCCGACAUGCGAUCGAGGAAGCAAUGACCAAGGCGCUCAUGAGAAACUGUCCAAAGUGUCAGAAAGCGUUCAUCAAAGAGGCUGGGUGCAACAAGAUGGCGUGCCCAAAUUGCCAUACCCUCUCGUGCUAUGUCUGCCGACAGAUUAUCACCGGGUAUGAUCAUUUCAAUCAACAGGCGCCUGGCGCACCAACAACUUCAAAGUCAAAGAAAUGUCUCUUGUGGGACUCGGUUGAGACACGGCAUUCUGAUGAGGUCAAAGCAGCUGCGGAACGUGCUCUGGCUGAGUACCGCCGUGAUCAUCCUGAUAUCGACGAGGCCGACAUCAAAGUCGAUUUGCCUAAGCCACCUCCCCCUCAGCCAGUGCGCGACCCAUACCAUGAUGCAUAUCAUCAACAACUUCACAUGGCAAUGCCCCCCGGUGUCAAUAUCAAUGGUUAUGGAUGGAACGUGAACUUUCACCUCGACCCGUUUGCUGCACCACCCCCGCUGCCGCAGGUGCUACCAAUGCCAGCACGGAGAAGGGCAGUGAGGAGGAGAUGAGUGGAUUCGGAGUUAGACCCAGAUUCUCUUGUUAUCUUGAUAUGUACGCGCACAGUCUAUGCCGUCAUCUUCAAUGUCAACCAUACAUCCUUUUUGCUCAAGGAAGUCUGCGUAGUGUCAUUGUUUUCCAACAGGUAAGCUUCCUUACGACGCGU